AUGUCUCACGACGAAUUCGAACAACGAGCUUUCAAACGGCGUCGACUCAGUAACGAAUCUUUCAUAUCUGGAAUCGAAGGCUGCCAGCGUCGCCAUAAUCCAUAUGGAUGUAGCUCAAUCGAGACCUGGGGAACUCCAGCAUCAGUAGCAAACGGCGUCUCAACCCAAUAUGAAGAAUUCGACAAUUCGAGAGAAGUAGCCGUUGGACUUAACGAUGUCUCAUUCAGUUGGCAAUACCAGUGCACUUCUUUGCAUGCAUCAGCUUUACCGCAAACAUUGGCACGCACCACAGAGGUAUCGUUACCAAGUUACUCGGUAAAUCAUGAGCACUUGCUUUGUCGAGAUGCGCAGCCUAGCAAGUCCCCACCAGCGAUAUCCGAUCCAGGAGUCGUAGGCGCAUUCCCAUCAGAUGUCGCUGUUAUCAGUGACGAAGAGGCCAUGCCCGUAUGCUUUGGUAUGAUCAAGGACUUGCAUGCCGAGGUACAAUCAUCUCACUUCUCGGAUUCUCUCACUGGCUGCGUAUCCAUGGGCUUUUUACCACCCAACCAGUUGAUUUAUAAAGAGACUUGUAUUGGGCGCUUCGACGAUAGAAGCGCGGAAAUACUUUGUGUUAUCUGUGAAGAUCCCCUGGUCGAGUUACAGUUAAUGCUGACACGCGUAAAGCGUCUUCAUCAGCGAGGGAGUCUACCAUCAUUAUCAGCUAUCCUAUAUGGCCCCAAAUGGCUUUCCGAGGAUAUAGGUGCUUUCUGUCAGGACUCUGAGAUCUAUCUGCAGGAUCCCCUAGGUUGUGAUCGAGACGUACUAUACUGCAACCCUCAUCGUAUUUCCUCAGACCAGGAUGUUUGCUGUAAGCAUCAGCGGCAGGCCUUGUUCUUCAUGGUCAAGCGGGAGAUGGGGUGGGCUCUCGAAGAUGGAGCUUGCGAUGUGUGGACGAGGCUCACUCGCGACACAUCUGCUUUAUGUCGCAACAAUAUCACUGGUGAUGUGCGAACAAACCAGCCUUAUUCCUUCAAGGGUGGCAUACUGGCGGACACGAUGGGGCUAGGGAAAUCUCUCAGCAUGAUUGCUUUACUCGCACAUGGCAUUGACUCAUUGAACGAGGGGGGAAUGUUUACCAGACCAACUUUUACAAGUCGUCGCGAUGUCGACACGACGUUACUUGUUGUCCCACCUUCUCUUUUGCAAACAUGGGAAGAACAACUACAACAACAUUUACGCGAUGUUACUUUGCUGAGAAUAAGACGACAUCAUGGCCCCAGCCGGAUCACGACUAUCGAGGAAGCUCACUCCUACCGUUUGGUCUUGACGACUUAUCAGACAGUGGAAACGGAGUGGAGGGAACAAUCUUCAGCAGCGUCACCUCUCUUCUCGAUCAAUUGGCGGCGCAUCAUUCUAGAUGAAGCACACUACAUCAGCAACCACCAAAGCAAUACAUGCAAAGCUAUAUGCAGUCUUGAAGCUCAGGCGCGUUGGGCUGUGACUGGUACGCCGCUGCAAAACAGGCUCGGAGACGUUGCGACGUUAUGCCAAUUUCUACGCGUUCAUCCAUAUGACGAUCGAGAGACAUUCAACAAAGACAUCAUCGAUCCCUGGAAGGCCGGUGAUAACAACACUGCUAUCUCUCGGCUGAAGCGGCUUCUUCAGUGUAUUCUCCUACGGCGCAGCAAGGGAUCUGUUCAGUUGCCGGAAAGAACCGACCUGAGACAUACACUGCAGCUUGGCGAAGAAGAGCGACAGCAUUACGCAACAGCAGAGAACAACGUUGCGAGAUCGAUCGAUGCGGUACUAGGUGCGAACACCAACACCACGUUUAACGUCACUAGUAUCAUUCAACAGAUCAACGAGCUUCGCCUGAUCUGCAAUCUCGGUACCUAUCGCAAACCACCCAAGCCAGUUUCACUUGCCAAAAACAACACUUGGGAUACACGUGUAGCUCAGAGAGCUUUGAACGCUCUCACAGCGACGAAUGGCAUAUGUUGCAAAAGUUGCGGCGAGAUACAGGAUGGUACAAGAUACGACAACAGCUUCGGUACAAACCUCUACGCAACCCGACUUUGGCUAUUCUCCUGCUUCAGCAUCGCCUGUGAGAGUUGCAUGACACGAAAUCCGUCGACUCGCUGUAGCUGCGUGUGUCAAUGUCCUGUUGCUCUUGUCACACAUGCGCCUGGGACGAUGGAUUCAGGAGCCUCAUCUCCCGUCGAGUGGCCUUCUGACUCAGAAGAAGUCUUACCCACCAAGGUCAACGCACUCGUCGAUGAUCUGCUCAAACAAACGCCAGGAACUAAGAGCAUCGUCUUCACAUUUUGGUCGUCAACGUUGGACCUCAUCGAGAAGGGGCUAUCGCGGGCUCCAAUAACUUUUACACGCUACGAUGGUAACACGACGCCUACCAAUCGGUCUGUAGCAUUGAACAACUUUCGUCGAAAUCCAGACAUCUCCGUCAUCCUCAUGACCAUUUCAUGUGCUGCUGUCGGGCUGAACAUCACUGCGGCAACACGCGCCUACAUCAUGGAGCCUCAGUGGAAUCCUACGGUUGAGGAGCAGGCAUUAGCGCGCGUUCAUCGCAUGGGUCAGACGAAAGAGGUGACCACAAUCCGUUAUGUCAUGGCCGACACUUUUGAAGAGAGGGUCAUAGAAACGCAGCAGCGAAAGAGGGAGCUUGCGGAGCUGUUGCUAUCGACUGAGCCACAUGCAGAAUCGGAACAUAGUCUUGAUCGACUGCGCUAUUUCCGGUCUUUGCUCAAAUGA